CUCAUUAUAAUGUGUGUAUACUUAACAAACAGCUGUGCAAAUUACUUUCCAAAAUGUGAUUUAAAGUUCUGAAUUAAUUAUGUGUGCGCACUGGGAUGUGUAAAUUCCAAAUCAACAAACCUGUUCUUGCGUGAUGGCGCCCAGGCGCACUGGAGUGGCAUGUUUGUAGUGAUAACGCCCCCACAGGGAAUUAGAAUAAGCAGCCCAUUAUUAACACAACAUUGCAUAAAGGCAUCAUAUCACUCAUUCUGGAGUGGAGUUCCAGUCCAGAGAUGUUGAGUUGACAGUGGUAAGAAUUUGCGACAAUCUGAGUUUCACGAUUGGCGCUAUCGCAACAAGGUAAUAUUGGUGUAGGUAUCAGACAAUCACUUAUUUUAAACGACUUUCUUUGCCAUGAAUAUCUGGUUUUACGCCUGUAAAUCCAACACCAACAUGCCGGAGACGAGUUUUCUAGUCGUGCAGUCUGUCAAGUCGGUAAGACAUUGAGGUAUUUUUGUUUACAAUGAGGAGGAUUUGAAUAGAGCGAUGCACCGACCGACAGACAGAAUCGCAUGCGGAAAGGAAACGUGAUGACUCGUGUCCGUUUGUACAGUUUAGGAUAUGUUCGUUCACAGCAUCUCCACUUUGAGCGAACAUUUAGGUACAAUCUUACUCUAGUGUGAAAUUAGGAAUGAGUGAAUUAUUUAAAAAAUGAUGAUAUUAUGAAACCUGUCCUUGGUGCUGAUUAUUUGUCAACAGGACGUUUUAAUUAAUAAUAUCAACAUUCAUUAUGCAUAAUGAAUCAUAUGCAAUAAUUAUUAAUAUUAUUACAAAAAUCUAUAGGUAAUUCUGAAAUAAUAUCAGCAACCCUUCAGCAGAAUGCUGUACUGAAAACACCUUCAUUUUCUAAUGAGACUGAGAAUCACUUGAAAUACUGUCUUUUAUGUCUCUUUUAUCUCAUAUACCUGACUGGGGUCUUUUUCUACUAUUCUGCAAAAAGUUUUGGACAGAGAAUAAUUACAUGGUUUUUCACCUCCAAUGGAUACCCAUAGGUAGCCCAUAACCUAGGCUGAACAAAGAGAAUGGAGAAGUGAGGCAGGCAGAGUAAUGUGGGUACCUAAUGUAGACCAUAUAAUGCAGGAGAGCGAGCCAAAGUCCUCAUGAGGAGGGAUGCUAAGCAUCACUCAGUCAGUGCCGAUUCGGAGCGUGAUUCAUGGCAUCUUGCUGGUAAAUGCCAGGUCCAUGGGUCUGAGCUCCAUACAAAAGCCCCAUUGCCUCUGCAAAGGACGGAAACUUUCUCUCUGAGACUUUGCUGAUGGUUUUGCAGCAAUACCCCCCGCCAGCAGAGGGUGCUGAAGGCCCGGACACAGAGGAGCAGAAUGAUGAUCACAGGCUGGGGAUCUAUGGCUGGAGGAAGUGCUGCCUCUAUCUGCUGGUGCUUCUCCUGCUCUCCACCCUGCUGGUCAACAUUGCCCUGACCAUCUGGAUUCUCAGGGUCACCUGUCUCAACACAGAAGGAAUGGGGCAGCUGAGAAUAACAUCAGAUCGGGUGAGGCUUGAUGGAGUGUCCGAGUUCCUCUUCUCUCUCUACGCCCAAGAGAUACACUCAAAACAGGAUACCUCCCUUCUUAUCCACACUGAGUCCCAGAAUGUCACGCUCCAAGCCUGCAAUGGGAAAGGAGCUGUGUUAGGUAGCCUUAACCUGGGUCCACAAUCCAUGGAAAGCAUAGGACAACAUUUUGAGGUGAUGACAAGCACUGGGAAAUUGUUAUUUUCUGCUGGUACAGAACAGGUAGUUGUUGGAGCGGAUAAGCUAACCAUUACAGGGUCUGAUGGUGCUCAGUGUGAACAUUCCAUAGAGACAUCUCUGGUCAGGGCAGAGCAUUCUAUGGACUUGAGGCUAGAGUCCCCCACCCGUUCCCUCCACCUGGAUGCUCCAAAGGGAGUCCACAUCAAAGCAGUGUCCGGCAGCGGCCAGGCCGUGUCCAGCAUGGACAUCUCUCUACUCUCUAUGGACGGAGUGUUGAUUCUGGAUGCUGAGAGGGUGCAGCUGCCCAAGUUACCUCUGAGUGGAGAAGGAGAGAAAGGAAGUCCUGGGGAGCAGUUGUAUGAAGUUCAUGGAACUGCAGUGGAGAAUAGAGAAUGCAGGGAGCAGGAGUACAGGGAUGAAGCAGGGGACUGUGUCGCCUGCAGACAGUGUGGAUCUGGGCAGGAGUUAUCCACGGAAUGUGGCUUUGGCUAUGGGGUGGGUGCUAGCUGUGCACCCUGCAGACCGGGGCGCUACAAAGAGGAAGCAGGAGGGCAGAAAUGCAAGCCGUGUCUAUCAUGUGCCCACACCAGCCGCCUCCAUAGAGCCAACUGCACCACCACAGGAAACGCUGUGUGUGGAGACUGUCUGCCUGGGUUCUAUAGGAAAACCAAGCUGAGUGGGUUUCAGGACAUGGACUGUGUACCCUGUGGAGACCCUCCUCAUGCCUAUGAGCUUCUCUGCAGUAGCAGGGUGAACCUGGUGCCCCUUUCGUCUGUUGUGGCAAGCCCCAGGGACACUGUCCUGGCUGUAGUCAUCUGCAUCGCUCUGACUUCUGUCCUACUGGCCCUAAUGCUUUUCUGUGCCAUCUACUGCAAAAGACAUCUGGAGAAGAAACCUCAUGAGCCAUGUCACGGUGGUAGCUGCUAUAAUGCAGAGUUCCCCAGCUUUGAGAAUAUUCAGGUCCAUCAGCUACAUCAGAUCACCUCAAACUGCUACCAUGGUACGGGCAUAACUUGUGGUCCAAUGAAGCUUUUCCCCUAUCAGUUCUCUGAGGAACCUUGCAGCAUGGAGAACAGCAGUGGCUUCCGUCUCCACUGUUCUCAGAACAGCAAUGGAAUGGCCACAUAUCCUGCCUGGGAGUCACAGAGAAGACCACUAGAGAACACACUGCCCAGUGAGCUGAACCAUGACCUCUACCAAACUGAUGUGGAAGUGUCUGAUGAGGAAUUUUCCUUAGAGGAUGAUGAAACAUUGACAGGAGAGAAGACGUGGACCCAUGCUAUAUUAAACUAAAGAUCUGGGAUUCAUUAAACUGUACUGAGUAGGCCUAAAAGCAGGGACCAUUUCUUCAUGAGGAUAACCUUUGAUAUGUUGACUGUCAUCAUAACAGAUUUGUGGUUAUGUGAAAGACAUAGCAACUGCUGACAAAUGUGAGUUGCUGGUUUCCAAGCCAUUCAAACCUGUAUUUUCUGCUUCUGUUAUUUUCCAGAGCUCAUCUCAUUGCCAUUACCAAAUAUGUGUGGGCCAAUGUCUGAUAUAGUACAAAUUUAAAUUGAACCAAUUCUCUUGGAUUUAAAAAAAUAAAAAAUAAAAAUGUACGUAAAUACAUUUAAAAAGCUUGUAAUUUACAGUGAAAUCCAAAAUUAUUGGCACCCUUGAUAAAGAUGAGCAAAAAGACUAUAAAAUACAAAUUCUGAGCUAUUGUAUUUUAUAAUAGUACAAUUGCUUAGAAAAAGAUUGUUUAAUAAAUAAUAAAAAAUCCCAAAAAGAUGGAUGU